CGUAGUCGUCGCGUUUGCCUUUGCCACGUUUGUGACCGCUGACAGGUUUAAAGGGGCUUUAGCGAGUAACUACAAUGACGUUAUUAAAGAGCGUUGUUCUUUUAUGCUGCUUAUACUUAGUUAGGACAGCUGAUGUUGAGACAGAAGAACACGUCCUCGUCUUGAAGAGCUCCAAUUUCGACGACAUUGUGAAGGAACACAAGCACAUCCUCGUUGAGUUCUAUGCCCCAUGGUGCGGUCACUGCAAGGCACUGGCCCCAGAAUAUGCCAAGGCUGCCAAGGCGCUUGCGGAGGAGAACUCCACCAUCAAGCUUGCCAAGGUAGACGCCACGGUCGAGACGGAGUUGGCAGAGAAACAAGAGGUCAAGGGAUACCCGACGAUCAAGUUCUUCAGUGAUGGAACACCGAUGGACUUCAGAGGUGGCAGGACAGCUGACGAAAUUAUCCGAUGGCUGAAGAAAAAGACUGGGCCUGCUGCUGUGGAGCUGUCUUCUGUUGAGCUUGCACGCACGUUUGUCGAUGGUGGAGAAGUUGCUGUCGUUGGUUUCUUCAAGGACACCUCCAGCAAGGAUGCUAAGGCUUACCUGCAAGCGGCAGCCACCUUGGACGACUACACCUUUGGUCUCGCGUCCGACGAAGCUGUCUACAAAGAGCUUAAGGUUGAGAAGGAUGGUGUGGUGCUCUUCAAGAAGUUCGACGAGGGCCGCAGCGACUUUGAGGGUGACUUUACGGUCGAUGCCGUAAAGUCAUUUAUCCGUACCAGCAGCCUGCCAUUGGUUGUUGAGUUCACUCAUGAGAGUGCCCAGAAGGUCUUUGGCGGCGACGUCAAAUCCCACAACCUUCUGUUCCUCAGCAAGAAGAGCCCCGAUUACGAAUCUCUCGUGGACACGUUCCGUGAAGUCGCCAAGGAAUUCAGGAACAAGGUGCUCUUUGUCACCAUCAACACAGACGACGAGGACCACGCACGCAUCCUGGAGUUCUUCGGCCUGAAGAAGGAUGAGACACCUCAGAUGCGCAUCAUCCAGCUGGCAGAGGACAUGACAAAGUUCAAGCCGGAGACCGCGGAGCUCAAAGCAGACGACAUCCGCAACUUCGUGCAGGGUGUCCUGGAUGGCAAAAUCAAGCAGAUCCUGCUUGCUCAGGACUUGCCUGAAGACUGGGACAAGAAUCCUGUCAAGGUGCUGGUCAGCUCCAACUUUGACGAGGUUGUCUUCAACAAGGACAAGGACGUACUGGUAGAAUUCUACGCUCCGUGGUGCGGACACUGCAAGCAGCUGGCUCCCAUCUACGACGAGCUUGGCGAGAAGUACAAGGCCACGGACAACGUCGUCAUUGCCAAGAUGGACGCCACUGCCAACGAACUGGAGCACACAAAGGUUGGAAGCUUCCCCACAAUCAAGCUCUACAAGAAGGGCACCAACGAGGCUGUCGACUACAACGGAGAACGCACCCUGGAUGGGCUCUCCAAGUUCCUGGACAGCAACGGAGAGUACGGCAGGGCCGCCCCCGAGGAGCAGGUGUCAGAAGAAGAGGAGGAAGAAGAAGAUAAGGAGGAUAAGAAGAGGGAUGAACUUUAAAGGACAAGUCCCUUCUCAUCAUCAUUUUCAUCCUUGGUUACUUCCCUGUAUUUCACUGUUGACAGUUUUGUCGGGUCUAGUGUGUUCUCAUGUGGACAUUGCUGUUUUCUUUUUUUUUUUUCACGUUACAUUUAUGUUUGUUACUAGUUUUGAAUGAUCUCUAUGAAGCAGACCUCCUCUGGUGCAAUGUUCCCGCUUGGCGGCCAAACUGCUCCAUUCGUUGCCGGAGCGCGAGAUUAACGAAUUUUUUUCUCCUCGCUUCAUUUUCGAAGCGAUCAUUGUACGAGCAAAAAGAGUUAGUGCCGUGUUAUUUUUCUAUGUGAAAAGAAGUGUCUAGUUUUGUCCGUGGUGCACGUGUACAUAGGCAAACGGAGCUGUGGGUGCGAAGACCAAAUCAUGGAAAAAGGACCGGCACGGGCAUUAGGUCUUCCUUGCAUGGUGGGAGGUCCUUUAUCCUGCUGGGCAGUCUGUUAUUUCUCUACUGGUGUCACAUAAAUUAAUAAAAGCCAUCAUCAAAGUCUGA